AUGACACUGAUGAAAAAACCGGAGAUCAACACCAAUACAACUCAACCAAAUGUGGAGCCGAUGUCGCUGAUGGAUUAUGCGCUACUAAAACUCGUAAGAGACCUCUUCCACGUUGUCCAAGAAACUGUCUUCUCCAAGAAAUUCAAAGAAAAACGAUGGCUAUUGGUCAAAGAAGAAUCUGACCUAAGCUCAGACGAUGAAAACAAAACUGAACGUCGUAUAGCUAAUCUAAUAUACUUCUUUUUUACGAUUGUAAAAAGUCAGAAAGACGAUAGAAAGAGGAGUAGAGGUAGUUGUUUUAAAAGCGAAACUAGUCCCGAAGAGAAGAAAUACGUACCAACUAAAGUUAAUAUAGAAUUAGAAAAUAAAAUGGAGACAUUGAUUGAAUAUCUAGCGACAACAGGCUGUGUUGAAAAAGAUGACAAUGAUGAUAAGAAGAUUACUCUUAUGGAAUUCCUCUUGACAGAGGAUAAGAACUUCGAAAAACCUAUAAUUGAAAUAAACACUAAAGGGGUCGGUUUAUCGGAAUCAAAUGUAAACGUAAAAAAUCUAACUUAUAUUAAUGAAACACCAGAUAAAGAAGAUAAUGUGACGCUUGUUGAAAUGUUACUAAAGUACAUGGAAGGUUACAAUGGAAAGGAUAAGAAAUCUAAGUCUCUAUCAGUAACUCCAUCGCUUUCAGAAAAAUCCAAAUCUGAUAUGACGAUAAGUAAACUUGAAACGUUCAGUGAUAUGAGUAAAACUAAGUCAGAUUCAACAUUAACUCAAACCCAAGAUACAGUCAUUGAUGAACAGGAAGAUAGUGAAAAACGGCAUAUAUCAGAAAUGGUUAUAGACUUGAGUUACAUUAAAUCAGACCUUGAAGAAAUAUAUGAAGAAGCGGUCGUUUACAUUUCUAAUGUCUCGGAGAUCCUCCGGGAGCGCGUCGUCAUUAACAGAAAACUUGGCAUGGGCGCUUUCGGGACGGUCUACGACGGUUACACCCUGCGAGCCGAGGAUCGCGGGUUGACCGCCGUGGCCGUCAAGAUGCUAAAGGCGGGUGCGAGAACGAUGGAGAAACUAGAUUUCCUAUCGGAGACGGAGGCCAUGAAGCGUUUCGAUCACAAAAAUGUCGUUCGGCUCCUCGCCGUGAUCACUAAGACGGAGCCGGUGUGCACCGUCAUGAAGCACAUGCUGCACGGUGACCUCGAGAACUACCUGCUAGCGCGGCGCCACCUGGCCUGCCCGGGUGCAGGCGAGGACCCAGAGGAGCAAGUGUCGGCCCGGUGCCUCACGGGCAUGGUGCUGGACACGGCGCGUGCUGUCCUACCUGACGCAGCUGCGCUACGUGCACCGCGACGUGGCCGCCAGAAACUGCCUCGAAAUGCUUCCCAUCUGAUGGAUGGCUCCAAAGAGUCUCGGCGCUCGGAGUGUUCUUCCCCGCAUCGGACCUUCGGCGUACUGUUAUACGAGAUAGUCACGAUCGGAUCCCUGUCCUUCCAAGGCCUCAGUAACAGCGAAGUCCUAUCGAGAGUGAAAAGGGGCCAGACGCUCGAGCUUCCGAUCGGACUGAAACCGCAACUCGAGGUUCUGAUCAAGUCGUGCUGGCGGCACGACUCCAAGGUGCGGCCGAGGGCGUGCGAGGUGGCCGCGUUCCUACCUACCUCAGUGCGGACGCACCGCGCAUGA